ACCACAGAUGACGUCUGAAACUAAGAUAUUUAUUUCAUUUCCACUUCCCAUUGAAUAACAGAUCAUUACUCUUUAUCCGCUUGCGGACAAGACCGUCAGCUACGAAAAUUAUUGUGCAUAGUGAGCACUCCAUACGAUUCAAAUUGAAGAACUUUGCAGUGCUAAGCGCUCUAACACAUUCAUCGAACUUCGAAGAAGACGGCGGAGGCGAAAAUAAGCUGGUCAAGAAAAGCUACUUAUGGCUUUUUCUAAUCUGCAAUCGAUGUUCAAGUUAGCUCAGAGACCUACGCAUGUAAUCAGUGGAAGACAAGGUGAAGAAUUUGAGCUCAAAACAAACGCAAAAGAUGCCUUGUUGAUCGUAAGCAACUGCACAGAUUGCUAUGCACGGUUACAAGAAAAAGCUGCUAAGUUACUCAUUGAGAAAUGUGACAAUUUGGUGCUGGACGUAAACUGCACGCUGAUAUCAGGUGUACUGGAACUUCUGUCCUGCAAGAAAAUUGUUUUGAAUUUUCUUGAAUGUGGUCAGAUUCCAACUAUCAUGGCAGAUAGUACAUCAGAUCUGUCAAUAAAUCUGCUGAAGCAUUCCCAGUUUGAAUCUCUGUAUCUUCAUGGCAAUUCAAGUAAUAUUGAGAUCUGUGUUGGUGAAGACACCUCAACAAAAUAUCCAGUGUCUUUUCCAACAGAUGUCCCAUCACAUUUUCAGUUUGUUGCAUCAUGGGAGAAAGAGGAGGAAGGUUGGAAGCUUGUUUGUGAAAAGGUUGUGAGGGAUGGUGUGUUCCCAACUACAGAACGUAAAAUGAAGGAAGCUCAAGAAAGAAAAGCAAGAGACCUAGAGAAAUUGGCAACGGCCCUUUCUGAUAUUGUCAGGAUAACCCCAAAAGAACAGCUGCAGAAAGACAAAGGAAGCCCAGGUCCCCCAGAAGCAAAACCUACAUCAGACAAACCCACUGGAAAGCCAAGCCCAGGUGGAAGAGACCAUCAUAACAUCAAGAAUGAGGAUGACAAGAAAGAGUUCUUUGACUCUCCAGAAGAGCUGGAGCAAAAGAUUGAUCUUCUUGCAAAAUGGGUCAGAGAGAGUAAACACUGUGUUAUGUUCACAGGUGCAGGAAUCAGCACAAGUACAGGUAUCCCUGAUUUUCGAAGUGGCAUGAACACUGUUCUUAAGACAGGCCCUGGUUUAUGGGAGAUACAAGCUAAAGGUGUUGCUCGCCAGCCAGGUAAAGUAACUCCCAUGUUAAAGGCAAUACCUUCACCUUCCCACAUGGCCAUUGUGAAACUCCAUAAGGAAGGGUUGGUUAAACUCACUGUCAGCCAAAAUGUUGAUGGUCUCCACUUGCGCAGUGGCAUUCCCAGCGAUGAACUUGCUGAACUUCAUGGAAAUACCAACCUAGAAAAGUGUACUACUUGUGGUGCUAAAUAUUUGAGAGACUUUGACACACGAACUGCCAGGGAAGUGCAUGACCACCUGACUGGAAGGUCCUGUGAUAAUAUCAAGUGCUGUGGACUUUUAGUAGACUCCAUUAUAAACUUUGGAGAGAGUCUGCCUGAUGAUGACCUGAUAAAGUCAUACCAAGAGGCUGAAAAGUCAGACUUAAUGAUUGUGCUUGGGUCCAGCCUUCAGGUUUAUCCAGCAGCAGACAUUCCAGCCACUGUCAUUCGCAGGAAACAGAAACUGGUGAUCUGCAAUUUGCAGAAGACACCACUCAGUUCACAGAGUUCCCUUCAAAUACACAGCCAGAUCGAUACAGUAAUGAGGGGGCUGAUGGAGAGACUUGGCUUGGAGAUUCCACCCUUCAGGGUUCAGCGUCGCUUUGCUGUUGAGACAAGUCAGGAUAAAAUGUUGAUUCAAGGCCUUGACAUACAAUGUAACACUCCAUAUUCUUUCUUAAAGCAAGUAUCUUUGCGUGUGUCGCAGGAGAUUGAAGGCACAAAGAAAAUUAUUGAUGAAAAAAUCCUUUCUAAGGAGCCUCUGGAAAUGUGUUUCAGGCAAAGCCUAAGUAUCUCAGAAACUACUCCAUUGAUUGCAGAGCUAGAGUUUGGUUUCCAGGGUCACUAUGGUGAACCAAGCAUGUCCUUUACUCAUUCUGUUACAAGCUUUGGGAAGGCUUUGUUUCAUGCAGAAUACAAUUUAAGUAAAGGGGAGUGGUCACUGAAAAAAGAAUGAAAACACUCUAAAACCACAGAUACACAUAAUACAUUGUACUUGUAUUUGUGCUUGAAGAUUUCUGUUUUGCUUACCUGUAGAAUGUCAUUUCUAUUUGAAAGUAAAUUUAGCAAUGGACAUGAUAAAAAAUUUUUUAAGUAACUUUCAAGGGUGUAGGAAAGUAUGCAGAUUCUGUUAUGAAUUAAUAUCCUGUGCUAAAAAUCUAUACCACCAUGUCAAUUAGAGUGUUUAUCAUCUUUUUC